CCCCUCUCCUUGUUACCUACUUACUUCUCGUCUCCACUUGCUUCUUCCCCUUUCUUCGCUUCGCUUCGCUUCUUGCGUUACUGCUGCUUCCUGAAGUUAUCUGUAGCUAUCGGAGCUAGGGUUUUCAUCUCACUCGCUUCCCAUGCCAGAGAGGGGGUUUUUGUCUGGGAACAUAUAAAGAUGAAGAUUCAGUGCAACGUUUGCGAGGUAGCGGAGGCGAAGGUGCUGUGCUGUGCGGAUGAGGCGGCGCUGUGCUGGGCGUGCGACGAGAAGGUUCACGCCGCCAACAAACUGGCCGGAAAGCACCAGAGGGUUCCUCUUUCUUCUUCGUCCUCGCCCAUGCCUAAAUGCGACAUCUGCCAGGAAACGGUUGGCUAUUUCUUCUGUCUUCAGGACCGAGCUUUACUCUGCCGGAAAUGUGAUGUUGCCAUACAUACAGCAAAUACCCAUGUCUCAGCUCAUCAGAGAUUUCUACUUACAGGAGUAAAUGUAGGGCUCGAAUCUGCUGAACCUGGUGCAUCUAGUUCCUCGGGGAAGUCACUGUCUGGUGAGAAAAUCUUAGAAACAGAAUCUUAUUCUCUUUCUAGAAUUGGUACCCGUACCCCAAUGCCGUUGGCUGGUCAACAUGACAAAGUAUUACCUGUCCAAGUUGGUGGACUUGGGAAUGUUGCACCAUCCAAAUUCCAAUUUUCUGGAGGAUCUGCUACUAUUCCGCCAUGGCAGUUUGAUGAUUAUCUUGGACUAACUGGGUUCAAUGAGAACUAUGGCUACAUGGAUAAAGGCUCAUCCAAGGCUGAUAGUGGUAAGCUCGGGGAGUCUGACUGCUCCCCUAUUUUAAGAGCUGGAGAGGAAGAACUGGAAGACGGAGAGUACUUGGGUCAGGUGCCUGAUGCAUCCUGGCUAGUUCCACAGGUCCCUUCCCCUCCUACAACCUCGGGGCUUCACUGGCCAAAUCGUAACCUUUCUGAUGCUCCAGUCUUUGUGCCUGACAUUUGCUACUCACCCUUGCAAAACCCUGGUCAUUAUCAGCCAGGUGGCAAUAGUUCAAAACGGCGAAGGGGAUUCUAAUCCACUUCCCUGAAGCUCAGUCCAGAUUACUAGUCAAUGGUUGUAGCUGAUCCUUAGUGCAUAACAUUUACUAUUUUUUCAACUCUCCCAUAGAUGAAGUAAAUUGAGCUGAUAUAUGUGGUUUUAGCAGUCUUUCUCAUCUUUUGAGUGUUUCUUUCCACUCUUCUUGUGUAGGGCUGUAACAUUAUUGCAGAAUCCUUUCGGUUGUUUCUAAGGGACAGUGAGCUUGUGGCAUACUGCAGAACAAUGUGGGACCAACCACAUAUUACUGCAAAAUACUUGAACAAGUUGAUGAGGAAUACAUUCCUACAUAAAAAAGACACAGAAAGUGAUGCUGUGAGCUGGUUGCUUAGUGGGUUCUUAAUACAAAUAUCCCUUGUUUAAGAAGUUUCUAAUCAUCCAGGAUUGAGCGUGUUUGCUUGUUACCAUGAAGUUCUUUUGUUGCUAAUGGUCUUUCUAGAGUGGUCAAAUGUCCUCGUGGAAUUGGCACCACAGAUCUUGUGUGGGAAUUGGAUUGUUUUCUGUUAUGGUUAUUAUGGUUGAGACUUUUGAAUUCCAGUUCGAAUAACCCAAAUCCAAAUAUGAUAGAAGUACAGUUUUUAUA